AUGAUUGUAAAUAUUGGGAUAUUUGUGAGUUUAUUCAGGGAAAUUUGGUUGAAAGAAGGGACUAAUGAGGUGUCGUUGGUUGCAGAGAUGCUGGAACAGUACGAGCAGUACGAGCAGUGGUUCCCGGAACGAGUGAAACCGAAGAUGGGCGCCAGAACGAGCGGGACGUAUGUGUCGGCAUCUGUCGACAAGCCGGCGCAGUUGCACAUCUGCAGCGCCUGCGGGAAGAGGUACAAGUGGCUGGACAGCCUGAGGAGGCACCAGAGGGUCGAGAUGGCUGAAACCUAA